AUGUGGGCCGCGGAGUGGGAUGCACCGCGCGUCGUUGAUAUCCUCUUGCAACACGGAGCGGAUGUCAAUGUUCGGGAUAAACUCGGAUGGAUGGCCCUUUUUUGGGCUGCCAAGGGAAGGGCACCAUUGGUCCUGGAGGUUCUGCUACAAGCAGGUGCGGACCGAACAGUGCGUGAUACAAAUGGGCUUUCCGCCCUCCUGGUUGCCGAAACAAAGGGCACAAAACACGCCCAGCGAAUGACGAUCGUGAUGAGAAGACCUGUAUUUCUAUUUCCUUGGCAAGACUCUUCUCUGCUCAAGUUAACGGGCUUAGAGAAGACAAUUUUCACCAUAGAUUGGGAUGUGAAGGAAGGGUGGGAUUGGGCAAGACCAUCAUGCAUCAUGUUCAAUGAAGUAGCAUGGCCCGUAAAUACCGGGCCAUUGGUUGAAAGACCACUAGAAGGAGAAGCAGGCCCUGAUCCGGUAGCUCUGGGAUAUGCGGGUCUGCUUGAUACCCAAGGAUUCGCAGCUGGAGUUACUUCUACCCUGGGUGCUUGA